GUUUUUUCGGGUGGCGCCUUGUGGCAUCCGUGACGUCUAGGUGCAGCCAUGAGAAUUGAGAAGUGCUGGUUUUGCUCCAGCAAUAUCUAUCCUGGUCAUGGCAUCAUGUUUGUGCGCAACGACUGUAAGACAUUCCGUUUCUGCCGUUCAAAAUGCCACAAACAUUUCAAGAUGAAGCACAAUCCACGCAAGCUGAAGUGGACCAAGGCCUACAGACGAGCUCGUGGUAAGGAGAUGGUGGUGGACUCUACCUUCAACUUUGAAAAGAAGCGCUUGACUCCUACCAGGUACAACCGAAAUUUGAUGGUCAAGACCGUCAGAGCCAUGCAGAUUGUGGAGCGCAUCCGCUCAGUCAGAAAGGAGCGUUUUCACAAGGCGAGAUUGGCGGCUCAACUCAGGAAGAGACAGACCAGCGCACAGAAGGAGGUGGCGCGGAGUGCACACCUCCUGGAAGGACCCAACAAGGAGAAGGCCUUGCACUACCAGAAGGAGUUUGCUGGCUCCACCAAAGCCAAGAGCCGGCAGAAGCUCAAGGUGGAGAGAACCGCCGCCGGCUCCAUGGAGGUGGAAGAAUGAAGCGAUCUCCGCGCUCCCAAUGUACAUACGGCAGAUACGCAUGCGGGAUGCUGGCGAGCUGGUUUUUUGGUUGCUUGACAUGGUGCUUUGAUGGAUGGUGUUCA